AUGGCUGCAUUGCCCGCGGCACAAGCUGUGCCAGAUGAUGACGAUGACGACCUUGGGGGUCCAGUGCUCCCUCCUUUGCAGCCGAUACGUGAGACUGUGUCUGGCAAUCCUUGGCCCGCUGCUGGCAGUCCUGUCUCGAGCGAUCAGGUGACCGCGUUGUUGCAUCAGCUGGGCAACACAACAGCUCUCCUGGGUCAGGUGAUAGGGCAGCGCAGUGCCAGUGAUUCUUCGGUGUCGGGACUUACAGGCAAAGACAUGUCUCGCAUCAUGCCCCGUCCAGAGCCCUUCCGUGCUGCAACGAGGGAACAAGAGCAUUCUGCUUGGCCUUCAUGGCUUUGGUCUCUUGAGCAGUAUUUGACUGUCUUAGACCCCAAGUUCGGAGAAGAGAUCGAUCAGCUGAAAUCAAACUUGCACCGGCAGGUGAACAUUUCUCCCGCAGCCACAGACAUCGUCGCGCGCUCGCGGCAGCUCUUCGCUUUGCUUUCGGUGUUGGUAAAGGGACGUGGGUUUCUUGUGAUCAAGUCGGUUCAUGCCACCCUUCCAGAGGAUGCUUCGUAUGCUGCAGUGAGGGACUGUGUCUUGCGCAUCGAAAGGCAGCAGUUCAAGUGGAAGUACAAGGCCGAUUUGAAGGCAGGCAAGGUGCAGGCUGUGUCCGAGGAGUCGGGAUCCACCGUCUCGACUGUGACUCCGUCUCAGAGUGCCUCUCAGGUUGGUGCAAAGGGUCGGGUUGCUAGGCUUGCGGAGAUAGACCUUACAGCUUUUGAUGAGUGUGAUGAGGAGUUUCUUGAUGGAGACACCCGCGUUUGCAUGAUCCAGUGCAGCAUGGAACGAGUUGAGCACUUUUCGAUCAGUGACCCCUCUGAGGUUCGUUGCAACGCUUGGGAUACGAUCUGUGAGUACGAGCUUUUGAGCCUCCCGAGUGAUGUGCUCUUGAAGCUGUGUGAAGCCAAGCAUCUGGAGUGCCAUGCGGAUCAUUCCAAAUCCCUUGCAGAUCCUUUCAAGUGCCAUGCAGAUCAUUCCAGAUCCCGCGCAGAUUCCUUCAAGUGCCCUGCCGAUCAGUCCAGAUCCCUGGCAGAUUCCGUCAAGUGCCCCGUGCAUCAGGUCAGUUGUGAUGCCGAUCAGGUAAUGCCUCUCAAGCCGUCUGUGUAUGUGCAUGGCAGUGUCCGUGCUCUUGCUAGUGUCAACGGUGAAGACAUCAUUCUGGACUCAGGAGCGGAUAUCAGUGCACUCCCUGAGACGUACGCCCAGGUUGGUGAUCCUGCUCCAUCGUCGGCUCAGAGGUUCGUCGAUGCUUCAGGCCGUUUGCUGCAGUCCAAAGGCAUACGCAUUGCAGAGGUUCGUGUUGGUUCCAUCAGGUUCCGUGAAAAGUUCUUGAUCGGAGGAGUUACUUGCCCUCUCCUUUCUUUGGGCAAAUUGUACAAGGCAGGAUUUUACGUAAUCCCCUCCACUUCAGGUGACAGUGACGUCCCACGGCCCUUGAAGCGGGAUCUUCGGCUUCUGCUUCCAGUGACACUCAAGAAGCCAUUUCCCAACAUUUGUACGACCUUUCGCUGCAAGUUGCUUCUCUUGAACAGCAGUUGCGUGCUGUCCGCGCAGAGCUCAGCGACAUCCAGCGCGAGCUCCGGGGCCUGGAAACUGAAAGGUACCAACAUUCCCUCCGCCUGGGGUGGUUGGAAAGGCUUGUGCAGCGAUUGCAUCAGGUGUUUCGCUCCGAGUCUUAAGCUUCUUUUGCGGGGGAUGAGUGCUGAAGCUUUUUAUCCGGAUGAGGGGGCCGUCUCGCAGUCUGUUGAAUCAGGUCAGCAGGUCCCUCUGUCUGCCAUACCUGCCAGCCCAAUAUCUCCGAAUUCGGCUGUGGUUGAGGGCACACCUGAUCAGGGUCCCUUAGCGGCCUUCAUGAGCAGCCCCGUCGAGGGCGAUGAUCUUACUGAGGAGCAACUGGGGGGCCUGAUGUCUCGCGAGGACACGCAACCACCCCCUGACGACGACCCGACUGCAGGCCGUUUGGAACAGCAGCUUGCAGGCUUCAUUGCCUACGGCGGCAGCGCAGGUGAUUGGCAUGCCAUGAACUCAGGUUUCAUUCUUGCAAGGCAUUCCCGUCAGGCGAUGCCGUGGGAAAGAGUGACGAGGCCCCGCUUGGGGCCCGGCUUCAUGUUCCAGGAGCCGUUGCUAGGUCGCUUCGACGGUCUUAGGAGGGCGGCGAUCCCCGCCCCUGCAGCAGGGCCGUGGGCUUGGGUGCCCAAAGGAACUGACGAGGCCAGGCGACUUCUCGCAGCAAGGUUUGCCAAAAGCGAUGACAUGCUUAGGCUUACCGCACUAAAGAAAAUUCGGCUCAUCGUGCUUUUCUUCCCGGAUGACUCGGAGCUUGGAAGGAACCUCGUGGGUUCUGCAGGCUCCCUGGUGGAGGAAUCCAUGCUGACCUCGACCAUCGAGGACACUUUUUCAGGCAGAGCCGCCAGCACCCUUCUGAAGCGUGCCUCAGAUUUCUCAAGGUUCGCCAAGUGGAUCGUAGCUAGCAAAGGGCGCCCUCUGGCGCCUUCCGAGGGCGAGUUGUACGCUUAUAUGCUUCACUUGCGACGAGAGAAGGCAGGAGCCACUGCCGGCGAGUCUUUUCUCAAGGCCUAUAGGUUCUUUGUGCACUUGACAGGGGCUGCGCAAGGCUCCAGGAUUUCCCCUCGUGUGCAGGGAGCAGCCAAGGCGAUGUCCAUGGGCAAACGGCCGCUCUGGCAAGCACCGCCCCUUCCGGUGGAGGCAGUGCGGCUCUUGGAAGAAUUCGUCCACGACUCCGAGGAUUAUGCCAGGGCUAGCAUAGCAGGGUUCAUUCUUUUCUGCCUCUACUCCUCGGCUCGAUGGUCGGAUGCGGCUCGAGGGACUGACUUGAGCAUUGACGUGGCAGGUAACGGGCUUGUCCUUCUUGAGUGUUCGACAAAACAUUACAAGACGAAGGCCAAGGACCGAAAGGAUACCGUGCUGCCUUUGAUUGCACUGGGCAGUGGCUUAACUCAGCCCUCAUGGGGACGUGUCUGGAUGCGCAAGAGGGCCCUGGCAGGGCUACCAGACUGUGCCGUAAUCAUGCCGGCCAUGUCGCCGGGAGGGAACUUUCUAGGAAGGGCCAUGACGGCUGCGGAGGGUUCCUUGUGGCUUCGUGAGUUUUUGCACUUGCAGGGUUUCACGGGAGAUCUUGAACAGUACAGCUCGCACAGCCUGAAAGCAACCGCCUUGUCCUGGACGGCCAAGAGCGGGACCAUGACCUACGAGGAGCGCCUUACCCAGGGGCAUCAUUGCAGUCCAAAGCACGGCAUGGCUCUCCUGUACUCGAGAGAUGCGCUUGCAGAAAUCAUAGUGAAGGUAGCCAAGGUCGUGAGUGCUGUGAGCAGGGGAGUGCUUAGUCCCGAUCUCCCGCGAGCCGAGAGGGUCGCAAGAGCUCUGCAUGGCGAUCCAGCCGAUUUUGCACAUCUUCCUGAGACGACGGCUGAGGAUUUGCCGGCCGAAGAGCCUCAAGAUGAGAACAACUCCGAGGCUGGGUCUGACAUAACAAACCUCGACGGUCUCGAAGUGGACCUGGGGGCACCGGCCCCGGAGGAGGUCCGUCCACGGCUUAGCUGCACGUUCUCGGGAGAGACCUACAUGCACGUCUUGAGUGGAGUGGUGCAUAAGUUGGUCAACCCCGGAAUUUUUAAGUGCGGCAGGAAGGUCACGGCGAACAUGCGUUUGAUGGGGAUGUGCUCAGUUGAUCGUUUGCUGAUUUGCGACGUCGUGCCUAUGCCAUUUGAGAUGAGGGUGCCCGGGCCGAUUGAGAUCAGUGGAGUGUUUCUUGCUUCGGAGCACAAAACCGGUCUCAUGGCCGGACUUGAAUCGGUGCCUGCCUUCACCGACCGAGCAAAGCAGAUCGGCAUCAGCGAGGAUCUUCUGACCAAGCUCCUUGCUAAGAGCUUGGACACCUUCGGCAAGCUAGCUUUCGUGUGCUCGAGCAAACCUUCCAGCGGGGAUGACACUCCUCUCUUCGAAGCCCUGAAGACUCUGAUUGGGAGUGAGGUUCCAGUGGAACAACAUAUGGUGAUCAGGCGAUUGUGGUACGAGAGCCACGCCCACGCCCUGGUUGACUUGGAAUCGAGGGCUUCGAGAACAAGUGAUACAAGCCCCCGCGAGCUUCCGUUGGCAGAACGCCUAACACGCUUGAAACGCCAAAGGGGCGAGCUUAAAGGCCUCGAGAUGGAUAUCCACACAGAACCUGGACACGGCCUUGUGGACCGCGUCCAGGCCAUGCUCGAUUCUGCACAAGUGCUGCACAUCGCGCCGGAAAAGUGCAUUUCCCGCCAUGACGAAAUCUUGGGUGAGAAGACGGAGCAAAAGAUCUCUUUGGGAGCCGACGGGAACAUCAAGAUCACGAAGCAAGCCUCGAGUCUCCGUUGCGAGACUACCGGCGAGCUCAAGCUUCGCCGGUGCUUCCUGCGCCGGGCCUUAGCGUUCGAUCAAGUAGGGCUCGCCUCCUACACUGCAAUGGAGUCUUGGCACAACCGCAUGUUCCAGGCUCUGCUUGAUGUGCCUCCGGCGGGUUAUCGCUACACUACCGUUCAGCAGCUGCUCGCAGCUGACCAGAAGCUUUGGCAGGUGGUGGCCCAGGAGAGCCGAGGUGACAUCGUCGUCGGGGUCGGAGCCCCGGCUCCUCUUGAUAAGCACAUAGCCGCUGCUGCAACCAAUCAGUUUGUGGUAUCCUGCCACCUUCCUAAGCCUGCCGAGAACCAGGCACAACCGUGGAAGCCGAAUAAGGGACCCGACAAGGGCAAUCAGAAGGGAGAGAAGGGUAACAAGGGCAAAGGCCGCGGCAAAGGGAAGCAGAAUCACAGCCAAGGCCAGGCUGAUGCAUCCUCGCAACCUUCCCUGAAGGAGCUGCUGGAGUCGUUACCCGAGGGCUGCGUGCGGGCCAACGAUGAUGGCCGUUUCAUCUGCCCGUUUUACAACAAGGGGAUCUGCCGCUUCCAGAAACGCAAGUCGUGCCGCUUCGGAAAGCAUGUGUGCAACUUCAAAGGGCUUUUUGAUGCCUUGCCGCAUGAGCAGUGCGACCGAGACGCCGAAGGGCUUUUUCCACAGACGGUGCGAGUGGUGAACAGGUUUGUAGCCUCUUUGCUUGAAGGUGCCGUUUACACGAGUUUUGCCAUUUUUGAUCAGGUGUGCACUCGGCCACACCGAGAUUCACAGAACGCCUUUUCUCCGAACUAUGUGAUCCCCUUGACCAUUUUCCAAGGGGGAGCUAUCCGGGUAAGCGAGCCAGAUCGGACCGUGGAUUUGCAAGUAUCCCGCGGGCCGGUCAAAUUUUGUGCAAGAGAGUUCGAACAUCGCACAUUGCCAGCCACUGGGCGCCGGGUUGUCCUAGUGCUUUUUGCCUUGCAGGCCGGAGGGCGCCUCUCAGGAGCCGAUCGCCGGGUCCUGCUCGAUUUGGGUUUCCCCUUGCCUUCUGCUUCGCAUCUUGCUUCCAAAGAGGCCUGCGCCUCGCAGCAGGUUUCAGUCACGGAUCAGAUGAGGCAGCUUCUCCCCUUGAAGACGCCCGCAUCGCCUUCAACACAGCCUGAGCCUAGAGCAUCUGUUCCCGCCCCCUCGGAGCUCUCCGAGACCAACUCACCUUGCCAGGCACCCAGUGCCGAGCGGCCCAGUGCCGCCUCAGCUUCGUCCGGGACCUCUGAGGGCUGCAACUCCCUGUCGAAACAGGGCCCCUCUUCGGUCCCCCGUCCGCCUUUGCUUGUUGAUUGCCUCGCGGAAGCGGGAUCCUUGUCGGCCGCCGCCAUGCGGGCUGGAUGGGAUGCCUUGUCCCUGGGCCACAAAGGCGGUGCCCAGAGUCCUGCCCUCGAGUACCGCUGGACCUCUCCACUGGCGAUGAUCUGCAAGCUUUGCUCGAUUUCGACCGGUCGAUCCAGCCUUCGUGAUGCCUCUCACUUGCUAGGGCGGGAUGGCCUUCCCGCUCUUGCCGCCUCCCUGGUGCUGCGUGACAACGGCUUGGUGCAAGCCGUGGUCGACCUGCUCUUCCGAGCCUACGAAACUCGAGCCCUCGUUAGCCUGAUCGCUCCGGCUCGGAGUUGGGUCUGGAGCCUCCUCGCCCAUUUUGUCAAAAGGAGGCGGCAUUCGGGUUUUCUGCAAUGGUUCUUCGCCUUAGCUGAUCAAGAGCUUGACACUUGCAUGUUCGGUGCCCCCUUCUUGACCUCGCUGCGGGUCCGAGCUGAGUCCUUCUCCUUCCCAGGAGUGUAUUUUUCCAUGGAGGAGCACCUGCAUCGCGCAUGUGAGCUACCUAGCCCGGCGGAUAAUAGCACUCGUUUGCCCGAUGCCGUGCGUCGCAACAUCUUUGCCAUUCUUACGGAAGGCCCUGUGGCCGUGUCCAAGCGGCGGAUGCUUGAACUGAAAUCCUUGAAUGACCGGAUGGCGGCGCUUUCUGCGGCUGAGAAGGAGCUGCGAGCCAAGAUGCAUCCGGACGUGGAGCGAGUCACCAAAGGCAAGGCCCUAGCAUUGUUUCGCGAGCUUCUUGAGGAAACGGGCUUUCCUGACUUGGCGGUGGUGAACCUCCUUUCCGAAGGAGUGCCACUGGUCGGUCAAGAAGCCGAGUCCCCUUUGUUUGCCAAACGGCCGAAGCCUAAAGACCUUGAGCCAGAUCAGCUCAAAACCCAGGCCGCUCUGCGGAGGCGUGCGUUGCAGAAGAUGAAAGGGCUUACUUCAGAGCAGGAUUACAAGGCGAUGAAGGCUGAGACUUCCGAGGAGCUGGCAGCGGGCUUCCUCACGGGUCCAUAUCACACGGAGCAGGAAGUCAGCGACAUCUUGAAGACCGACGCUUGGUCGCUUUCACCCCGUUUCCUUUUGAGGCAGGGUGAAGACGCCAAGAUAAGGAUAAUCGAUGAUUUUAAGAUGUCCGCGGUCAACAAGGCUUUCGGCUCUUCUUCUUUCCUAGAGCUUCAGGAUACGGAUUACGCGGUCGGCCUCCUGAGGUUUCUUUCCCGCGUGCUGCAAGAUCGCUCCAAGGUCCGGGUCCCCCUGUCUGAUGGCACCUUGCUUGAGGGGGACUGGGAUCCUGAGAUGCUCCGCCAGCCCGCUCUGCUUGGUAAGACACUUGACUUGAGCAAGGCCUACCGCCAGGUGAGCAUCCACCCUUCCACGAGGGAGCAUGCUGUCCUUGGCUUCCCUAACCCACAGGGCAAGUGGGAGUUUUACAUAGCCCAGAGCCUGCCUUUUGGUGCUGCUGCCAGCGUGUAUGGGUUCAAUAAAGUAGCACUUGCGAUCCUUCAUAUCAUGGUUGUCAAGUUCGCUGCGAUCGCGACUGACUUUUAUGACGACUACACAGUGUAUGAAUUUCGCCCAGCUGCUUUCUUGUUGGACAAAGUCCUGAUGAGGCUGCUUGACCUGCUUGGGUGGUCCUAUGCAAAGAGUGGGCGGAAAUUUGUUCCCUUUGACAACAAGGUGGUCUCCUUGGGUGUUUCUUUGGGCCUUGACGAGAUAUGGCAGGGCACUCUCAAGGUUGAGAACAAGGCUGGACGACUUGAGAAAAUUGCUGCACUCCUUCGUGCGGUAGCCCAGGGAGGAGCUGUGACGAGAAGUGAUGUGGCUUCGCUUCAUGGCUUGAUUAACUUCGCCGGGGGUCUGAUUAUGGGCUUCGAGCUUAAGCCAACUUCCCGGAUGCUGACACGGGCUUUGUCAGGGCCCUUCCUGGGCAACAUGCCUGAGCUUCGGCAAGCUUGUGAGCUUGCUCUGGAUGUCAUCGCGCAGUGCAGGCCGAAGCGCUGCCCGGCCACGAUUCUGCCACCUGUAGUGCUCUACACGGAUGGGGCCUUCGAGAAAGGGCGAGGCACCUGGGGAGCGAUUCUUGUUGAUGCUUACACGAGCUCCCGAUGGGUUUUCGGGGGAGAAGUUUGCAAACCGCUGAUGGAUCACUGGGGCAGGGAGGCUGGCGCCCAAGUGAUUUGCCAGGUUGAAGCCUACGCUCUGGCGAUUACCUUGUUCGGGAUCCGCGGCUUCCUCAAAGGUCGCUCGGUCCUAGCUUGGAUCGACAACAAUGCAUGCCUUUAUGGAUUCGUGAAGCGAUACUCGCCUUCGGCUUCGCUGAUGCGCCUCAUCUCACUGGGGGCCUUGAUGGAGAGCUCCAUGGAGGCGCUUAUGUGGUUUGAGCGGGUUCCCUCAAAGAGUAACCCGGCGGACCUUCCGUCGCGGGGACUGUUUGCCCAGGCCUGUGAUCGGUUUCAAGCCAUAAACAAGGGGGACGUGGCAGCCACCGACACGAUGUUGGACUUCAUUCGUGCUCCCAAUUACGAGCCGAAGCUAGCCCAGGCGUUGAAGAGGCAAUCUCUAUGCGCAACGGGCAGUGUGCGUGUCCUCAACGCUCUACCUUCAGCAGUGCGGGCGGUGAGUGCAGCAUUGCAUGGUCCUUUGCUCCGUCUUGACGCGUCAGGGUGGCAAAGGAUAGGUUCCAGACGCUAUGCGCUUCUAAGUUUUGGGCAGUCUUAUGUCGACAGCACGCUGAUUCCCUUGACUGAGUUGCUUUGGUAUCGCACCACACUUGUGCGCAGAGAUGGCCGGUGGACUGUUGCUGAGUUGGCAGCCGAUGUGAGCUCUUUGACGGAUCGUACGUUGCCGCUUGGGCCCCCGGCUGUCGAACAGGUUAUCACCAUUGCUUAUGACGAUGCCUCCUUAAGCCCUGAGAGCCUAGGGUUUAGUCCCUCUGAUUCCGAUGACGUGCCAAGUUCCCAAGGUGCAGGUUCUGUUGAGGCUCCAGAGGUUCCAGUGCCAGAUGCCGCCGAUCAAGGUCCAGAGGUUCCAGUGCCAGAUGCCGCCGAUCAAGGUCCAGAGGUUCCAAUGCCGGAUGCCGCCGAUCAAGGUGCAGGUGUAGGCGGACUUGAAGGUGAUAGCGAUCUCCCUCCGAGUGCUGAUCAAGCGGCUCCAGUCGCUCCUGCGGCUGAUGGAGGUGGAGAGGCAGCUCCAUCUGAACGUGAAGUCAUUGACAGCGUCACUGUGAACGGUGUUGUGAUUGACCGCAACUCUUCGCUUCGGGUCAUGCGUGCUGCCCUUGUCAGCCUUGGCUUAGGUAAGAAUGGGUCUAAGAGCCAGUGUUGGGAGCGCUUGGUGCGCCAUCUGCGUGAGGCCGAUCUUUUGCGUGAGCAUCAGGUCCAUCACAACUUGAGCGCCGAGCUGAGUCGGCCACCACAUGCACCACCAGUUCCUGCAGCUCCUUCGGACCACGACCGUGCACAGCAUGUGCUGACACAUGAACCGUACCAGCCCUGGUGCGAUGCUUGUGUCAAGUUUCGCGGAAGACAGGAUCGCCACUCGUCUGAGGCUUCGCAUGAUCCUGGCUCUCGGUCUGUCUUGUCUUUUGACUUUGGAUACUGCUCGAGGGAAGCCGAUGACGGUGUUCGAGAAGCCAAGGACCGCCUGACAGUCUUGUUUCUUCAUGAUCGUCACACCAAAGCCGUGCAUGCCAUUCCCACGGCUCAGAAGGGCGGCAGCAGCCUCAGUCACUUGGUUACAGAAUCCGCGAGGUUUGCGAUAUGGUUGGGUCACCGGUCCCUCAGACUCCGAUGUGAUAAUGAACCCGCUAUCCUUGCGGUGCAAGCCGGUCUCUUGAAGGCCCUUCGGAAUCUUGGUGUCGACGUGUCCAAGGACACCGCUCCUGUGGAGUCUCACCAGAGCAAUGGUCCGGUUGAGCAGGUUGUUGGGAGCAUCAGGCAGCAUGCCGCUGUGCUGAUGCAUGAUCUCGAGCAAGCUUGUGGAGCCAAGGACGAUCAAGUGUUGUUUCCACCGCUGCAUCCGAUCUACGGAUGGGCCCUUGCCCAUGCCUGCUGGCUUCGCAACCGUUACACGCCUGUGCAUGGCACUACUCCGUACGAGGCUGUGACUGAUUCGGCGUACAGCGGCACCAUCUGUCGCUUUGGAGAAAAGGUCCUGGGAUACCUCAAACCUGACGGCAAAUCCUCGGCGCGCUGGCGCCACGGCCUCUGGCUUGGAAAAGCUAUAGGCAAUGACACCCACAUUUUGGGUUUGGUCGGUGGCGUCUUCGUGACGCGCUCAGUGCGAAGGUUUGAAGACAAUUUCGAUCCGGACUUUGCAGCCAGCUUUGAUGUGAGUGUUUUCGAGCACGGGCUCUCGUCCAUAGGGGGGAAACUUGUACUUGGGCACAAGAAGCCAGCCGCUCCUGUUGCAAUGCCUAUCCCAGCCUACGUUGGCCCUCCUCCUUCACCACCAGCCGCUGCAGAAUCGCCUCUUCCUCACGAGGCUCGAGGCUCUCCUUCACAGAUUGCAGGCACCGACUCGCCAGUGCGGUCUCCAACAUCCAUCAACUAUAGCCCUUCUGAUGGCAUGAGUGCCACGGAGGAUGCUGCUCUUUCUGAUCGUCACGGUGAUGUGUUGUCAACCGACGCAGGUGAACCCAGCUCAGCCGAGGCGGGGAUGCCCGCAAUUCCUGCCGAGGCGGGGGCAGCUGCCUCAUCCGCUCCUCUGAUUUCUGAGGCUCUGGGCCUCAGUGAGAAUCCUCGACCAGCCAAGGUCGCCCGCAGGUCUGAUGAUGACCAAGUGAUGGCUCUUGAAGGGCAGAUUUCUUUGAUUACCGCCCCUGGCUGCUGUGCGGAUGAAGUGCCGGCUGGAGAUUUGCUUGUAACCUCUGGAGAGGAGUCUCCCUGCGUUGUGCACAUCAGGCAAGUGUGCUAUGAGCAUGAGGAUGAAAAUGUCACUUUGACGUUUGAUGGUGACACGCUUGAUGAGCUCGAGGACUACGACCAAAGUUUUCUUGAGGAUCAGUCUGGUGACACUGAGUUGCUGCCUGAGCUGUGUCGGCCUCGCACUUCAGACAUUGAGCCAGAGCUCUCUCCGGAGGAGCUCGAAGCUUUGGAUGUGAUUGCUGAUGGAGUUGAGAUUGCUAGGCUAGAAGGCAUGACUGUGCUGCUUCCUGAGUCAGCAGCUCAUAACGAUGAGUACGCAGGUCAAGAGGCCACUCACCUCACCACGCGCAUGGUGCGCACGUGGCGUGAGAAGGAGCUUGGUGGCUCCCCAGUUUGGUACCGACGCAGCCGGUAUGUGGCCCGAGAGUAUGCGUGGCUCAAUGAGCGUCAUGACCUCUUUUCGCCCGCCUCCACAGCACUUUCGAACCGCUUGCUGCCGAUCCACUACCUGUGUCACGAGCCUGACCCUGAUGAUCCUUGGGUCAUGGUCGCCCUCGACAUCAGUGACGCUUACCUUAGCGUCAAGCAGACCCGCCUGGUCAUUGUGCAACAUGCAGGUGUCCGCUACGUGCUGGGACGAGUCUUGCCCGGACAGCGGGACGGAUCCAAGGAGUGGUACUUGGCAUUUUCCAGUUUUCUUGAUGAAGCCUUGGGUUUUAAGAAGUGUGAUGCUCUGCCCUCGUUGAUUCGCGAGCCAGCUUCCAAGUUCAGUAUGCAGAUGCAUGUCGAUGACUUGUUGGGUGCAGGCAGCAAGCGCUUUCUUCUUGAGCGCCUCCGGCCCACGCUUGAAUCAAAGUAUCGUGUAAGCAUCCGCAUCCUUGAAGCUCCGGGGGACACGAUUUCGUUCUUGAAGCGGCAUCACACACUUCUUGCUGACGGUAAAAUGCUGCUAACACCCUCGGCCAAGCAUUUUGAAAAGCUGUUUUCUGUGAUGAAAAUCGAUGAACGGAGUGCCCCGAAGAAGACUCCUUAUGCGCCGCAGCUUGAUGAAGUAGACAACAGCGAGCUUCUCGCGUGUGCAGAUGCAAAGGCUUUCCGCUGUGCCAUUGGCAUUCUUUUGUACUUGGCAGUGGAUUUGAUCGAGUGUCAGGGUGCCAUCCGUGCGUUGAGCAGCUACAUGACUUCGCCAACACGCAAUGCGCAGGCUGCUUUGAGGCAUCUGUUGAAGUAUCUUCUUGAAGGCCAACACCAUGGUCUCUUGCUUGAUCGCAGAAACUGUUACAACGGAGUUUCCGGCGAGAUUCCGAGACCGAGCCAGCCGAUCCUGUGCUUAGAAGCUUUUUCGGACGCCAACUGGGCGGCGCAUCGCGGCUCUCGCAAAUCGGUUAGCUCAGGGAUGGUGUUCGUAGCAGGUUGCCUUUUGUACAGCUCUAGCCGGACACAAAGGGUGAUAGCUUUGAGCUCAGGGGAAUCGGAAUUGCUUGCGGCGACGUCUACACUUUGUGACGCUUUGUUUGUUCGGCAGCUGCUCGCUUUCAUUGCCGACGAUGAGCCACCCCAGAUUCAUCACUUCCUCGAUGCCAGCGCUGCCAAAGGCAUCAUGGAGCGAAGCGGCGUCGGCCGCGUCAGGCACUUGAGCGUCCGAGUCUUGUGGACUCAGCAGCUUGUUGCAGAUAAGAUCAUCAUGCUUCGCAAAGUUGCAACAUCGAUCAAUGUGGCCGACCUGAACACCAAAGGCCUUUCUCGGAGCCGCAUGCUCAUGCUUUUGCACAUCAUCGGUUGCUGGCAUACUGUGUAUGAGUGCUUUGUUGGAGAAGAUGAGAUUGCUGAUCUGCGCUACAAGCAGGCAAUGAAGGACGCUGUGCGUGCCGUCCGCUCCGCAUCGAGUGCGUCCGUGAGCAAGCCUAUGAUUCAGGCCAUUGUCAUCGCUGUUGUGAGCGCCUUGAGUCGUGCUGCGGAUGAUGCUGACGGUGACAACGGCUUGGAUGACUCAGGAGCUGAUCUUCCUGAUUGGGCCAACCGGGUCCUUGUGUGGUUCUUGGGACUAUGGGUCCGCGAUGACACUGGUGUGUCUGUCAUCGACAUGCUUGUGCAGCCCCAUGCUUUGAUCCUUGCGUGCGUGACAAUGCUGAUGCUUGUGUUGUGCAUCCGCACUUUGUGCUGCAGGGCAUCUGAUCGCGGCCAGGUCAAUGUGCAGAUCGCUGGCCCUCGUGAUCAUGUCUCCUUUCAGUUUGAUCGCCAGCUCAAUUUGCAUGUUGGAGUUGGUGCGCCUGGGACCCCUACGAAUCCUUUGUCUUUCGACUUUGACGGUGAUGAUAGCCCUCCACAUGUUUUGUCCGCGCUACGCAAAGGUGCAAGGUCCAAAGCUUCUACCAGACCAGGUCCGAGGUACGACGAUGAGGAUGCUCCUCAUCCCGACGCGAGUUCGUCAGCAGCACCGCCCACUGGUGCGAUGAAUGCAGUGCAGGCUCAUGUGCCUCCUGCUGACCAUGCAUCAGCACCUGGAACACCAGCAGAAUCCAUGAGUUCGCAGCUUUCGACGCAGUCGUUCCGCGAGCUGCACGGGUACCCUAUCGCUGUGGCACGGAGGAUGAACCACCGUGGGAGCCUCGUGUGGGUGUCGCACACAGGCCGCUGCUAUCAUCGUCUCCGGUGCUUUAAGCUUGAUGGGUGCGAUCGUGUGAAGGCGUACGAGCGCCACGAAGCACAGAACCGCGGACUCCGUGCAUGCAAGAAAUGCAAUCCUUGA